CGUUUCCAGCCGAGCCGGGCGGCGGCGGCCGCGGGCUGAGCGUGGCUUCCCGGCGGCCGGGCCCGCUUCCCCGGCGGCAUGGCCGGGGCCAGGAGGGUGCUGGCGACCCUGCGGAGUCACUGGAAGAAAACGGCGCUGGGGGCCGGCCUGCUGGGCUGGGGGGCGAGCUGGCUGCACGGCAGGCACCGCGAUAACCUGCUACGAAGAGCUGCGUGCCAAGAAGCCGAGGUUUUUGGCAACCAGCUGAUUCCUUCCAGUAUGCCACUGAAGAAAGCGACAGUGUUCCUCAACCCAGCAGCUUGCAAAGGUAAAGCCAGGAACCUUUUUGAGAAGAAUGCUGCUCCAAUUUUGCACUUAUCUGGCUUGGAUGUAACUGUGGUUAAGACUGAUUAUGAAGGGCAAGCAAAAAAGCUGCUGGAACUGAUGGAAAACACAGAUUUGAUCAUUAUUGCAGGAGGAGAUGGCACAGUACAAGAGGUCAUAACUGGACUUCUCCGCAGAGCUGAUGAGGCUGCUUUCAGUAAGAUUCCUAUAGGAUUCAUACCACUUGGAAAGACCUGUACUUUGAGCCACACGCUCUACCCUGAGAGCAUGAACCAAGUUCAACAUAUUACUAAUGCUACAUUGGCCAUUUUGAAGGGAGAGACAGUUCCACUUGAUGUCUUGCAGAUCAAGGGAGAAAAGGAACAGCCUGUGUUUGCAGUGACCGGUUUAAGAUGGGGAUCUUACAGAGAUGCAGGAGUGAAAGCUAGCAAGUACUGGUACCUUGGGCCUCUGAAAACUAAAGCAGCUCACUUUUUCAGUACUUUUAAGGAAUGGCCUCAGAAACGUCAAGCUGAUCUCAUGUACCUGGGUCCAACUGAGAGACCUCCAGAAGAGCCAGAGGAGAAACCAUCCAGACCUCCUUUGUAUGUGAGGCUUUACAGACGACUUCGCUUAUACUGGUCACCUCCCCCAAAAGAAAUCCCCCAGGAGGCAGCCCCAGAGGACUGGGAAGAACUGAAAUUAUCCACCAUUGAGCUUUCCAUUGCAACUCAGAACAGACAGCUUGAUCUGACACGCACUGAAGACUUCAUGGAUAUUUGCAUUGAAGCAGAUACUGUCAGCAAGGGACAGUUUGUGAACAGAGGAAGUCAAAAGAUGCGUGAUCCACAUACAUGCCCUGAAGGGAGUCAGUGCAUCCAAGCCAGCAGAUGCAUCUUGCAGCUUCCAGAGGGCACUGAGGGAUCCUUUGGUAUUGAUAACGAGGAAUAUGAAGCUAUGCCUGUGGAGGUGAAGCUAUUACCCCGGAAACUCCGGUUCUUCUGUGAUCCCCGAAUGAGAGAGCAGAUGCUCCGUGCGGCAGUACAGUGAGACUUCAUGUCAAAGGGGCCAGUGUUCACCAGUCUUAUCAGGUUCUCUUCAAGGCACAUCCUCACUAAAUGGAUUAACCCUACCAGAUUAAUGAGCCAAUCGGCAAUUUUAUGCACAAGAAACUUCCACUGAAGGUGGCUAUUUGGCUAGUCUCAAAGGGGCUAAUAAUGCAAAUUAAAAUUCUAAGAAUUGCAUGUUAACUUGAUGGCUUUUUUUUUUUCCUCCCCUGAAGAAGUCAUCAGUGUUCCAUUUACAGCACUGCAGGCUAAGUGCUAUGUGCCAGAUGCUACUGCUUUAAUGCAAUUGUAUAUUAAAGUAAAAUGAAAGCACACUUGUCCUUGUGUUGUAAGAGUUUGUCUACCUAUGUAUAAAUCUCAAGAAGGCUGGGAUCUUGGAAAAAAAUGUUUUGGGGGACUAAAGCAAAGAAUGUAUAUGAAAUGUUGGAAUUGCCAUAUUAAAACAGGUGAUUGGUUGUCUA